AUGGGAGCGGAGAAGAGGCUGCUGUCCAUCAAGGAGGCCUUCCAGCUGGCGCAGCAGCCGCACCAGAACCAGGCGAAGCUGGUGGUGGCUCUGAGCCGCACCUAUGGCACGAUGGAUGAUAAAACAGUUUUUCACGAGGAGUUCAUUCAUUACCUUAAAUACGCUCUGGUGGUCUAUAAACGGGAACCGGCUGUGGAGAGGGUGGUAGAGUUCACGGCCAAGUUCGCUACUUCCUUUCACCAAUCAGAGAUGGAAACCGAUGAUGACGACGAAGAAGAUGGUGGCAUUUUGAAUUACUUGUUUACUUUUCUCUUAAAGUCUCAUGAAGCAAACAGCAAUGCAGUGAGGUUCCGAGUGUGUCAGCUCAUAAACAAGCUCUUGGGAAGUAUGCCGGAAAAUGCUCAGAUUGAUGAUGAUUUGUUUGAUAAAAUUAAUGGGGCCAUGCUUAUUAGACUGAAAGAUAAAAUCCCAAACGUGAGAAUACAGGCAGUUCUGGCUCUUUCACGACUUCAGGACCCCAAGAGCGACGAGUGCCCAGUGGUUGAUGCAUAUUCUGCUUUGAUUGAAAAUGAUUCAAAUUCAGAAGUGAGGCGAGCGGUGCUGUCAUGUAUUGCACCAUCAGCAAAGACUUUGCCAAAAAUUGUAGGGCGCACCAAGGAUGUGAAGGAGGCUGUCCGAAAGCUGGCUUAUCAGGUUUUAGCUGAAAAGGUUCAUAUGAGAGCUCUGUCCAUUGCUCAGAGAGUACUGCUUCUUCAACAAGGUCUUAAUGACAGAUCAGAUGCCGUGAAACAAGCGACACAGAAGCAUCUUCUCCAAGGCUGGCUGCGUUUCACUGAAGGGGACGUUUUAGUGUUACUUCAUCGGUUGGAUGUGGAGAACUCUCCUGAAGUGGCUGUGUGUGUCCUCAGCGCCUUGUUUUCAGUGAUUCCUCUUGCUGAUCUAGUGGAGGUCUGUAGGAACGAAGAUAACAAGAAAUUAAUUCCAGUAGAAACAUUAACUCCUGAACUUGCAUUGUAUUGGCGUGUCCUUUGUGAACAUUUAAAAUCGAAAGGAGAUGAAGGUGAAGAAUUUUUAGAGAAAAUUCUGCCAGAGCCCGUUAUAUAUGCAGAAUAUUUACAAAGUUAUAUUCAGAGCAUUCCAGUUGUUAAUGAGGAACAGAGAAGUGAUUUUACAUACAUUGGAAAUUUGCUGACGAAAGAGUUUAUUGGUCAACAAUUGAUUCUGAUUAUCAAGUCUUUGGAUACCAAUGAGGAAGGCGGAAGGAAACGACUGCUGGCUCUCUUACAGGAGAUUCUUACUUCACCUUCAACUCCAAUUUCCCUCGUUUCUUUUCUGGUGGAGAGACUACUCCACAUCAUUACAGAUGAUAAUAAGAGGACACAAAUUGUUACAGAAAUUAUCUCAGAGAUUCGAGCACCCAUUGUGACUGUUGGUGUUGAAGAUUUAGCUGAAACAAGAAAGAAAGAACUAAAGAUAGCUGAAAUAAAAGUUAAAAUUAUUGAAGCAAAAGAUUCUUUGGAACACUGCAUUACCAUACAGGAUUUCGAUCAGGCAUCAAAACUAAAAGAAGAAAUAAAAGCAUUAGAAGAAGCCAAAACAAGCUUGUUGAAAGAGACUGAGCAACUUGAAAUUAAAGAAGUCCACAUAGAGAAGGAUGAUUUGGAAACAUUACAGAAGUGUCUUGUCUUGUGUUAUGAACUAUUGAAGCAAAUAUCCAUUUCAACAGGUAUAAGUGCAACCGUGAACGGAAUCAUUGAAUCUUUGAUUCUCCCUGGAAUAAUUAGUAUUCAUCCUAUAAUAAGAAAUUUAGCUGUUUUAUGCUUGGGAUGCUGUGGACUACAGAAUCAGGAAUUUGCUCGUAAACACUUUGUAUUACUUCUGCAGGUUUUGCGAAUUGAUGAAGUCACAGUGAAAAUCAGUGCUUUAAAGGCGAUCUUUGACCAACUGAUGAUGUUUGGAAUGGAACCAUUUAAAGUAAAAAAAUGCACUGAUCCUCAAAGUGAAAGCCCAGAAAUAAACAGUGAUGAUGAAAAGCAGGACUUACGAGACGCUAAGGAAGAGACAGAAGUGGCCAAGAGUGUCCUGAAACUUCUCUCCGAUUUCUUGGACGACGAGGUGUCUGAGCUCAGAACGGGCGCUGCGGAAGGACUCGCCAAGCUGAUGUUCUCUGGGCUUCUGGUCAGCAGCAAAAUCCUUUCCCGUCUCAUCUUGCUCUGGUACAAUCCGUUGACUGAAGAGGAUGUUCGGCUUCGCCAUUGCCUGGGAGUCUUCUUCCCCAUGUUUGCUUACGCAAGCAGGGCCAAUCAAGAAUGCUUUGAAGAAGCUUUUUUCCCGACUUUGCAAACCCUGGCCAAUGCCCCUGCAUCUUCUCCGUUAGCCGACGUAGACAUGCUUAAUGUUGCCGAUUUACUCGUAGACUUAACCAGACCGAGCGGGUUAAAUCCUCAGACCAAGGAUGCCCAGGACUAUCAGGCUUUGACAGUACAUGACAAUUUGGCUAUGAAACUCUGCAAUGAGAUCUUAGCCAAUCCUUGUUCACCAGAAAUCCGGGUCUACACAAAAGCCUUGAGUUCCUUAGAGCUCAGUACCUCUUCUGUGAAAGACUUUCUGAGUCUCCUGAAUGAGAUCCUGGAGCAAGUAAAAGAUAGGCUGUGUCUGAGAGCUUUGGAGAAAAUGAAGGUGCAGUUGGAAAAAGGAAGUAAAGAACGUGCGGACCACGCAGGAGCCGCACAGGAUGCCAGCUCAGAGCCUGUGAUUCCCGGCGAGGACGGAAAGAAUAAGGAUUUGUAUAUGACUCCCGUCAGGGUUAUAAAAACAACUCCAGCCCCACAGUCCACCGUGCAAAAGACUAACAGAGGACGUAGAAGAGUUACAGCGUCGGUGAGGGCGAGCAGAAGGCGCCCUACAGCCAAGACUGACUCUGACAGUGACGGUGAAGCUCCGGAGUCAGAAAUGAGGGUGAGGCUGCCGAGACGCGCCAAGACGGCCGCGCUGGAGAAGAGCAAGGUGAACCUCGCCCAGAUCCUCACCGACGAGAGCUGUUGA